AUGUCAUCAUCAACUUCUUUGAAUGCUUCUUCGGAUGGAAAUUCCCAAAAAUUACUUAUUCAAAGCUUCCGUGACCUUUUUUCAAAGAUUGAUAAUUUAGAAAGUACACUUGAUGAAUCAGUUCUUUCAUCUAGUACACAAAAACAACCAAAGAUUGAAAAGAAAGAGUCGGAAGCUUGGGGAGAGUUUGUGCCACUUAAAAAGGAGGAUAUUUUGGAAAUUCUUGAUGGUGGAAAGAAGAGAACACAAGUUCUUCAAAAACAACAAUAUCAAACUUUGAAUUUUGAAGAUGUUCAAAGAGAAACUAAAAAGAGAUUGAAUAUGCUCAUUAAAUGUGUUAAAGCUAUGGAAAAUGCUUCAGAUAAGAAUUAUGCUUCAAUUGAAGAUUGUUUAACUUUGAUUUUUGAAAUUUUACAUAAUGGAUUAUUGAGAAAUGGUCUUAAGGUUAUCACAACUCAAAAGGGAGGUCCUUUUGAUGAUUUGAAAUCAAUUUCUUCAUAUCUUUGUAAGGAGAUAACAAAAGAAAAAUCAAUCAAUGAAUUGGAAAAUACAGUUGCUGGUACAUCCUAUCUAGAAUCCUUGUCAGGACUUAUUUCAACAUUGAAAGGAAAGAGAGAACAGACCAAUAAUAUUGUAUUUUUGAAGGCUAUGGUUGCUUCAGUUUUGUGUUAUUUCGAAACUAAUCAACAAGAAGCUCACAAGAGUUUCAUUGAACUAACAUGUCACGUUCUCCAAUUUUUGAUUAACGAAUGUUACAAACUCAUCUAUCCAGAUCCAAGAGAUUUAUUAUACGGUGGCCGUAAGGAUGACAUUGCUGAUGCUCACUUGGAACAUAUUCAAAAGAUUUUUAAUUUGAAUCCAUCCAAUAAGGAUAGCGAAGAACCAGCUCCUUUGGAAGAUACCAUUCUCUCUCCUUUGGAAUUCUGUCAACUUUUCAAGGUUUACAGCACAAUGUUACAAAGAGCCCUCACUACAGCUUAUCCUUUCACUCUUAACAUUAACACCCAACUUUUGAUUAAUAGAGUCCUUCAAGAAGCUUUCCUCCUUCAAGCUAUUUCUACUCAAGUUUUGCAAAAACCAAACAAGGAAAUCAGAUCAAUCUUGUACACAACCACAACUGAUGGUACCAAAUUACAAUCCUCUUUCUACGCAGUCAUCCUUCCAACCAUUCACUCUGAAUGCUUAAAGUCACUCUCUGCCUUGAUUAAUUUGGGUGGAGAACAAUUACUCCCAUAUAUGAACAGUAUUUGUCAAAUUCUUGUUACUGAAACUAGAAAUUGGAAGAGCUCAAUGCUGAUAGCUUUGUGUGACUAUUGCAACAGUGAACCAUACUUUGAAGUUUAUAAGGAAUUGAUGAGAUGUUUAUCAAUCAUGACUGCCAAACAUGGCGCCAAAGUCAGUGAAAAAUGUACUCAAGUUGUUUUACCUCACUUGGUGGAUAUUAUUUCUCAAUUUACUCACUUUGUUGAUCAUCAAGUAUUUUCACUUCCACUCACUCAAUUACAACAACAAAAUCAUGUUGAAAAUUACGAGCUCUCAUUGAAGAAAAAGAAGAAGAAGAAGGUUAUGAAGGUUGAAGAUGAUUUGAUUUUGAAUCCAGAAAUUUUCUCUCAAUACUCUCGAGUUGUGUUUGUCACACUCAAGUGUAUUCAACAUAUGAUGAAUAAUACUAGUGUUCUUGUGUCAACAACUCGUCAAGUUGACUCUUCACGAUACAGAUCAGCUUCUGAGGCUGAAAAUUCAGUUGUUGACGUUCUUUCAACAUUGGUUGACUUUAUUACAAAUUCUCUCGGAUUUAUUAACAAGUGGCAUGAAUUGGAUGAAUUCUUCUCGACAAGUAACAUUUCAAUUUACAGUGCUUCACAAGUUAAAAGUUAUCAUGAAGAUUUAAUACCGAUUAUUACAGCCAUGUACGAUGCUCUUGUUCCAUCCCUUUUAUCUACUUCAUCCGUUCAUACACAAUCCCCAUUCACAACUAUUGCUUUGAAUGCUCUUCAAAGAGGUAAAUCAAGUGCCAUUCCAGAAAUUGUCUCUUCUUCAAUGAUGGGUCUUAAUAUCUUUGAAAGCUUUUUGCAUCCAAAGUCUGCUCCAUUGUAUGUUCCUUCUGCAGAAUCUGUAAAUGAAUCGUCUGUCAAUUCUAGAAAGAGUCAAAUUCACGAAAAUGAUAGUCAAUCACGAUUUGCCAACAGAUUAAUGUCAUUGUCUGAAAAUCAAGAAAGCGAAGAUGAAGAGGAAGAACAAGCUGAGGAAGAAUCAAGUCAAGAAGAACAAAUGCAAGAUGACGAAGAAGAACAAGAGAAACCUGUCAAGGAAGUCCUAAAGGCUGCUUCUAAGGCUGUUGAAGGAAGAUUGAACAAACUUAAGCACGUGCUUAAAAACACUAAGGAAGACGACGAAGAAGAACAAGAAGAACCUGUCAAGGAAGUCCUAAAGGCUGCUUCUACAGCUGUUGAAGGAAGAUUGAACAAACUCAAGGAUGUGCUUAAAAAGACCAAGGAAGUGGAAAAGGAACCAGAAUCUUCAAAGAAGAGAACUGUUUCUGAGGUCACAGAAAAACCAGAACAAAAGACAAAACAACGUAUGGUUGAAACACCUAAAAAAUCAACUUUAAAGCUCCCAGAAACAAAAUACAACAAUACUGAUAAGGAAGACUUUGAGGAUGCUGCCCAUUUUAGCUCUGAUGAUGAGGUUGAUACUGAAAAUAUCAAUUUAGUCGACGAUAGUGAAAUUGGUGAUGUUUCUGGUUUGGAUCUUCACUUUUAA